GUUUUUUAUUUACUGUUAAUUUAAAACUGUUUUUUUAACAGAGUAUUGAUGUGUACGUUGCCAUUAUGGAUUUUAAGCCGAUGGAGAGCGAUGAGGAAGCGGUAGCAAUGAAGGAAGGACAACAGGUUGAAAUUAUCGACGCUUCAAAGCCUAGGAGAUGGCUGGUACGCACCCUGCCGAUGAAUGCUGACGAAACUCCGAAAGAGGGUUGGGUACCUGCCUGUUAUUUGGAGAAGUCCACUGCAUAUGAUACGCUCAGCAGCUAUGUCGUAACAGAAGCUGAACUCGAUCCUAAAGAAUUAGAAGCAAUACAAAACAGAGAAGCGAUUGUAAAGGAACUAGUAGAAACUGAGGAGGAUUUUGCGAAGGACAUGCAGUAUGUUGUUGAUAAUUAUUACAAACAAAUGGACAACCCUAAGUUAGCUAAAGAAUUUCGAGACAGAAAAGGAUCCGUUUUUGGCAACUUCAAGGAUAUCUGCGAUUUCCACAAUAAUGUACUUAUGAAAGGAGUUCAUUAUCACGCUAAAGAACCAACCAAAUUAGGAAAAACAUUUUUGCGUCUGGAACGUGAUUUUGACAUGCAUGCAAGUUAUUGCUGGAAUGAAGCAAGAGCCCAGCGGCUGCUAAAAGAAGGCCCACUGAAAGAAUAUUUUGAUGAUCACAGUCGAAUGAUUGACGAUGACAAGCUUCUCAGCGACCAUUUGAAAUUACCAAUUCAGAGGCUAAAUGAUUACCAGCUUCUUCUAAAGGAACUUAUCAAAUAUUCCACCCGAUUAAAUGAAGACACUACAGAUUUGCAGAAAGCUUUAGAUUUCAUUCACAGCAUCAAUACAAGGACAAAGGAUUUGCAACUAAUUCAAGCUAUACAGGGUUGUCAAGGUGACUUGCUCAAGAUUGGCCGUGUAAUAAAACAU